AUGAUAGGCCGGAAACCUCAUGCUGACUUUAGUUUUUGCUAUGCAGAUGAUAGAAACUGGAGAGGCAACUUGAAAUACACUUUUCGCACUGCAAGUUAUUCCUUGAAAGGCAACUUCGCCGCUCUGACGAUGUCAGAAACUCAAGAGGAAUUUGACGAGUCAGUAUCGCAAAGCACUGCGAAUUUGGGCAAGGUUGAAAGCCGGCCCUCAGACCGUUGA